AUGGGUCCUUUCACGAUUCUGGAGCUGGUGGGACCGGUUGAAUACAGGCUAGAGUUACCUGAGGUUAUGCAUGCGUUCCACAAAGUCUUCCAUGUGUCGAUGCUGAGGAAGUGUCUUCACAAGGAUGAUGAGUUGUUGGCUAAAAUUGCUACAGAUCUUCAGCCCAACAUGACUCUUGGGGCGAGACGGGUGAGGGUACUCGAGAGGCGGAUCAAGGAACUUUGGCGGAAGAAGAUUACUUUGAUGAGAGUCCAGUGGGACUGUGAUGGUGUGUUAGAGGAGACUUGCGAGCCAGAAGCGAGGAUGAAGGCAAAGUUCAAGAAGUGGUUCGAGAAGCAGGUCGAGGCUUGA